UCGCGAGGUCGGUUGUUUCUUGACUUCCCCAUUUCCCCUAAUCGUUCUUCUUUCUCCAAUCCAUUUUGUGGGUUUAAAGGAGAUUUGGGAGAGUCGGCUAGCCCAUUGCCUGUCCCUCUUCCUCCUCUUUUUAGGGUUCCGAGUCUUGCAGAUCUGUUUCCUUUCAGUUUGCCUUUUAUUUUCCUCGAUCUUGCCGCUUUCUUCGUUCUGAAAACGUGAAGAUUGGUUUUUUUUUGGUUGAAACGUAGAGGUAUUAGAAUGGCCGAUCGUCAAGAAAAGACCAAUAUUUUCUGUGAUGUUGGAAUCAGCAUCAACAUUUGAUUCUUUUGAAGUCGGUUGUUUCGCCUAAUUAUUCUUCUUUUCUCCAUUCCGUUUUGUGGGUCUAAAGAGAUUUGCUAGAGCCGGCGGGCCCAUUGUAUGCCAGUCUUUCUCCACUUUAUAGGGUUCUGAAUCUUGCAGAUCCAUUUCGUUUUCAUUUAUUUUUCCUCUAUCUUGCCCAUUUUUUGUCUUGAAAACGUGAAGGCUGGUUUUUUUGGUCGAAACAUUGAGCUAUGGGAAUCGCCGAUGGUGGUGGUGGAGUCUCCGCCUCUCGGGAGCAUCUUGUCUUUGCUUAUUACGUGACGGGUCAUGGGUUUGGUCACGCUACCCGCGUCGUCGAGGUUGUGUGGCAUCUCAUUGCUGCUGGCCAUGAUGUUCAUGUCGUAACGGGUGCUCCAGAUAGUGUAUUUACCAGCAACAUACAAUCUCCCAAUCUCUACCUACGUAAGGUUUUGUUAGACUGUGGUGCUGUACAAGCUGAUGCCUUAACAGUGGACCGGCUUGCAUCUUUGGAGAAGUAUCAUCAGACAGCUGUGGUCCCUCGAGCUUCCAUACUGGCAGCAGAAGUUGAAUGGUUGAAAUCCAUCAAGGCUGAUUUAGUGGUCUCAGAUGUUGUGCCUGUAGCAUGUCGAGCAGCUGUAGAUGCCGGGAUUCGCUCUGUUUGUGUUACUAACUUCAGUUGGGAUUUUAUAUACGCAGAAUAUGUCAUGGCUGCUGGGCACCAUCAUCGAUCUAUUGUCUGGCAGAUAGCUGAAGAUUAUUCUCACUGCGAAUUUUUACUCCGACUUCCUGGAUAUUGCCCUAUGCCUGCUUUCAGGGAUGUUAUUGAUGUACCUUUAGUUGUUAGGAGUUUACGCAGAUCAAGAUCUGAGGUGAGAAAAGAACUUGGAAUUGGCGAUGAUGUGAAAGUAGUUAUAUAUAACUUUGGGGGACAGCCAGCAGGAUGGAAGCUUAAGCAAGAAUGGUUACCAGCUGGUUGGUUAUGUCUGGUCUGUGGUGCAUCUGACAAACAAGAACUACCUCCAAACUAUGUAAAGCUUGCAAAAGAUGCAUAUACACCUGAUUACAUUGCUGCUUCUGACUGCAUGCUUGGGAAAAUUGGAUAUGGUACUGUCAGCGAAUCCUUGGCAUACAAUUUGCCGUUUAUUUUUGUACGCAGAGAUUAUUUCAAUGAAGAACCAUUCUUGCGCAAUAUGCUCGAGUAUUAUCAGGGUGGUGUGGAGAUGAUCAGGAGGGAUUUGCUCACUGGAAGCUGGACACCUUAUCUUGAGCGUGCACUUACUCUUAAACCAUGCUAUGAGGCAGACAUUAACGGUGGCGAGGUGGUAGCUCGCAUACUGCAGGAUACUGCUAAUGGGAAACAUUAUGUUUCAAAUAAGUUGAGUGGAGCAAGGCGAUUGCGUGAUGCCAUAGUGCUUGGUUAUCAACUACAAAGAGCUCCAGGCAGAGAUAUAGGUGUACCCGAUUGGUAUUCUUUGGCUGAAAAUGAAAUUGGUCUUCGUGCUGUAUCACCUAUGACUGAGACGAAUGAUGAAAAUUUUCUUGUGGAAUCAUGCUUUGAGGACUUUGAUAUACUUCACGGGGAAUUGCAUGGCCUACCUGAUACGAUGGCUUUUCUAAAGAGCUUAUCAGGACUUGAUAGUAUAACUGACUCGAAGAAUCCUGAGAAGCGCCAAAUGCGAGAGCGCAAUGCUGCUGCUGCACUAUUUGACUGGGAGGAGGACAUUUAUGUGGCAAGAGCGCCUGGAAGGUUGGAUGUAAUGGGAGGAAUAGCGGAUUAUUCAGGAAGCCUUGUAUUGCAGAUGCCUAUUAGAGAGGCCUGCCAUGUUGCUGUUCAGAAGAACCAUCCUAGUAAGCAAAAGCUCUGGAAACAUGCUCAAGCAAGGCAGCAGGCAAAAGCACACGGAGCUAUUCCAGUCCUGCAAAUUGUAUCAUUUGGGUCUGAGUUGAGUAACCGUGCACCAACUUUCGACAUGGACCUCACAGAUUUGAUGGAUGGCGAGCGACCAAUGUCAUAUGAAAAUGCUUGCAAGUUUUUUUCACAAGAUCCUUCUCAGAAGUGGGCAGCAUAUGUUGCUGGAACAGUUCUUGUUUUAAUGACUGAGCUUGGUGUAAGAUUUGGUCAAAGUAUAAGCAUACUGGUUUCUUCUGCUGUUCCAGAAGGCAAAGGUGUCUCUUCUUCUGCAUCAAUCGAAGUGGCUACCAUGUCUGCGGUUGCAGCCGCUCAUGGAUUGAAAAUUGAUCCAAGGGAUCUUGCAUUGCUUUGUCAAAAGGUUGAGAAUCACAUUGUCGGAGCUCCUUGUGGAGUGAUGGACCAAAUGACAUCUGCUUGUGGGGAAGCUAACAAACUGCUUGCAAUGGUUUGCCAGCCUGCAGAGGUAAAGGAGCUUGUCGCAAUUCCUACUCACAUCCGAUUCUGGGGUCUGGACUCUGGAAUUCGACACAGUGUUGGCGGGACUGAUUAUGGAUCUGUGAGGAUCGGUGCCUUUAUGGGACGCAGGAUGAUAAAGUCUGAAGCCACUUCUUUGUUAUCAAACUCCCUGGCCAAUGUGAAUGUUUCCCACAAUGUUGACGGAAUGAAUUCUGAUGACUAUGAAGAGCAUGGCAUUGAGCUGCUUAAAGCUGAAGCUUCAUUGGAUUAUUUGUGCAAUCUAUCAACACACAGAUAUGAAGCUUUGUAUGCAAAGAGGCUUCCAGAAUGCAUAAAUGGCGAGACAUUCCUGAAGAAAUAUGAUGAUCACAAUGAUACAGUAACUGUGAUUGAUCCGAACUGCACCUAUGGAGUCAAGGCUUCUACUAAACAUCCCAUUUAUGAAAAUUUCCGUGUAGAGGCCUUCAAAUCCUUGUUAACGGCAGCGAAAACAGAUGAGCAACUUUCUUCCCUUGGAGAGCUUAUGUAUCAGUGCCAUUACAGCUACAACGAGUGUGGGCUUGGCUCAGAUGGGACAGAUAGACUUGUCAACCUAGUGCAAGAGAUGCAGCACCGUAAAUCAUCUCAUGAUGGGAGUACUAGCUUAUUUGGUGCCAAAAUCACUGGUGGAGGCUCUGGUGGUUCUGUUUGUGUUAUUGGAAGGAACUGCAUUCAAAGUAGUGAAGAAAUUCUUGAGAUUCAGCAGAGGUAUAAAUCUGCAACGGGCUACCUACCCUUCAUUUUUGAAGGCUCAUCAAUGGGUGCUGGAAAAUUUGGAUACUUGAAAAUACGUCGGCGGCCAUCCUCAGCAGUGGCACCCACCAAUAUCUGAGGUUGCUGACCUUCGGAGGAACCAACUAAUUGUCAUCAUGAAUCAAGCCUAGGGCUUUAUAGAAUGUUAGUGUACGAACGGGUCGGUUGAAACCCAUCAAUCUUGAGAUGAUCCAUAUAUAACAUUUCUGGUUAUAUUGAAAACUCGAUCACGAUGCAAUAAUUCCAUAUCGAAUACAGUGUCCUCUGCUGCUUCUCACUAGCCAUUAUAUUGUUAGUUCUAUCUAUGUUUAUAUUCAAGACAACAAGUUCUUUUUCAUGCUCUGGUGUAAUAUAUUGAUAAUAAAGUUGGUUCAAAUGAUCUGGAAAAUUUGAUAUUUCA